AUGCAACCUCUAAACCCAUUUCUGCGCGCCUUCUUCCGCAGCACUCUCCCGGGGCAGUGCUCCCCCGCGCAACAUCACGUCCUCCUUGUCCCCACCACAGACACCCUCCUCAACGCCAGAGACCGUGAGAGCCAUGCCUUGUAUGCCGACCUGUCCGGCUCCGAGGAGUUCCUCGCAAGCCACGUCCUGCGCGUGCCCGGCGGCAUCCCGCCCGGUGCCAAUGGCAAAGAUACGUCGUUCCGCGAGAGUAGGGGGAAGGCGAAGCAGUACACCACCGCAAAUGGGCGUACGGUGAUAAUCAAAGAUACUUUCGUGUACAGCAAUAAGGGCUUCAAAUCUCUCAACCAGGCACAGCUUAUGCACGACAUCAUCUACUACCCAGACAGUUUCGAUGCCCAGCCUUGGUUGGUAUAUUACAUCUCAAGGCCGCUUAUCGGAGUGUACGAAUCCUUACCCAUAAUACCCGCUCUGCCGGACGCGCCUUCGAAGCCGCUGCCGGCCGAGCCUGCAAACGGGACAAGUUCAAACACUUCAUCCAUGCCGCGGAAGAGGGAAGUGAAAUCUUUUGCUGAGCUCUUGAACAUGUUCCCCAUGAUUGCAAGGCAAAUGCAGCCAGGUCUGGAGCGCCUGUUCAAGGAGUUCGGCAAAGAGUUCGAAAAGCCGCUCCCGCCCGUUCCAUCCUCAAAACCGGCCAGCGUUUCCAGUCGCCGCAGCUCGAUUUCCUCGGGCGUGAGCUUGCCACUUUCGUUACAUAGCAGCUUGUCGAACGGAAGUGCGAAGAUGCCCUCCACACUGGAAAUUUACGACGAAGAGGAUAUGAUGCGCCGCUCCCUGGAAACCGCUGUCACUGCCGCCAUCGACCUCUUCCAGAUGGUGGACAAGCAGCAACUGUCGAACUUGGGCGCAACGACCGAUUUGACUGGCCCUAUUGUGGAACGUAUGAUCGAGCGGUACGUCUGCGAGCAGUCCCACGAGACUAUUCUGUUCCCAAGGAUCUGCACGGUGCGGCGUUUCGACGAUCUUGAACUGGAGUCGCGCGUGCGUCAAAUGCAGGAUUUGGACAUCUCACAAGUCGGCAUACCCAUAGAGAAUGGACAGCAAGGCAAACUGGAGCUGGCAGCUCGCUUGGCGAAAGGAGUCGAGAUUUUCAAGAAGAUGGGCACCGCUGGAAGUCCUCAGGAGAUGCUGGACAUUUUGCUAGCCACUCAGAAGCUUGUCACCAUGCCAGAGCCUGCGAAGGAGCCGUCCUCGCGAGCAGGCGCGUCUUCUGACUCUCAAUCCGAGAAGCAGGAUGCCAUGCUGACCAUCAACGCUGACACGCUGGUCUCUCUGCUUUUGGUGGUCGUCAUCCGCUCCUCGGUCCGACACCUCCAGGCGCGGUUGUCAUACAUGCGACAUUUCAUUUUCAUCGAUGACGUUGAGAGCGGAGAGAUGGGCUACGCCUUGAGCACCUUCGAGGCUGUCCUGACCUAUCUUGCAAGAGAUUCGCAUGGCCUGCGCAAAGCAAGCAAAAGGAACAAGCAGCUGUGGCAAGCCGCGAAGAACGGUGACAUUGCGGGCAUCCGAAACAUUCUGGAGCCCGGCACGAAAGCCACUGAGGAUGGCACUAUGGAUGAGGAGCCGGAAAACGCCGUGGACGACGUGGUUCCGCAUGUUGAUUCGGCGUGGUCCGAACUGCAGAACAAUUCUCUGCAUGGACGCAGUGUUGAUGAUUGGAUGGGUAGCGGAGGCGGUGCGGUUCAGCCUGCUGAUCAGACGCCGAAUGGAACUUCAUCCGGGUCGUUAGCGCACGUCUUUCCUUUCCAAAGAGCUCAAACACCGCCGCCGGAGCAGAGGCCGAAAAUCAAGAAACGCGUAUCAAUGCAGCCGCGGAGUAGCUCAAGCUCUUCUGCUAUAUCGUUCGCGUCACGAAGUGAUACCGUCAUCUCUACGGGCAGCGGCCUUGAAGGGGACACUUCGAUCGAAAAGGUCGCUCGCACGCAAGAUCGGACUGGCCAAUCCGUGCUAAUGAUGGCCAUUGAGAAAGGGCAAGAGAAGUCGCUCAAGUAUCUCCUAAGCCUUGAGGAAUUCUACCCCUUCGAGGAGGUCAUUUCUGAUUGCAACAAUGAUGGCACAACUUUAUUGAGCGCCGCAAUUCAACAGACGAAUACAGGAGUGGUCAACCUGCUCUUGGAGUACUUCGCGCGACAUGUGCGCAGCGAGUACGCUCUUGCUGAGUACAUUGCCCAGCAGGAUUCUCAGGGCAGAUGUGCGGGACACUAUCUCUUCGAUCAGCCGCUGCUGAUCCCUAGGAUCGGGCACCUUGUCCCGUGGAAGCUCAAAGACAAAAACGGCCAGACGCCGCUCUUCGCGCUUUGCCGGUCUUACGACCACCAGGAAUACCGUUCGAUGGUAGAGGCCGCCGUGGCAGCGGCGACGAGAGCACAGCACGAUGGGCAGCCGCUUCACCUAGAUGACCAUAUUGACAGCAAGGGUAAUACUCUGCUUCACAUCGUCAACGACCCGCAUCUGGCGUUGAAGCUGCUGUACCACUGCGAUGCAGAUGCCAACGCCGCCAACGACAAGCAAUUCACCCCUUUGAUGGUUGCCAGCAAAUAUGGACGCACAGACCUUGUCCGAGUUCUAUUCGGCGACCCCAGAGUGGAUCUCAACGUAAAAGACACACGGGGUUUGACAGCGGUCGAGUUGGCCAAGGACGACGAAGUCCGCAAUCGGAUCGAUGAUCUGGUGCUCCUGUCAAGUCCUGCCGGUGCGGAUGGCCGCACCACCACGGUCGUACGGUCGUACUUUGUCGAGGACGGCACCAUCAGGAUGGUACUGAAGUCUGGAGCGCCCAACGGCAGCAAUUCCAUUACAGUCACAACAUGCCGCCGGUCCCUAGCUGAUUUCGAGAACCUUGCCAAGUGGCUUUCUCAGGAGAAUCCGGCUUCCUGGAUACCGGCCGUCACUGGGUUUGCGACGCCUUUCCUCAUUCCUUCCAAACCUUCGCGAGCUAUUCUCAGGGACAUCCAAUUACGGCUCGACAGUUUUCUUAAGAUCCUGCUCCAGCACCCGACCUUUUCGACCCACGAGAUGGUAUGGGAGUUCUUCCUCGUGCCCGACAUGGACCAAGAAAUGCUGGCCGAGCGAAGCAAACGCAAGGCAGAGAAUCGCGUCGAGCAGGUCAAGGAGGAAUACACGCCUCUCUUGGACGUCCGGGAAGUCGAAUUGUUCGUACAGCACGCGCGCGAAUCCGUCCGGGGCAUGCACCACUCGGCCAAAUCGGUGCUGCGGCGCACCAACAAGGUGCGCGCCGCGGCCGGCGACCUCAUCGACGCGACGUCGAUCUGCUCGGCGGCGCUGUCGUCGCUGGCGUACCUGCCGGACUCGCACAAGACGGCCUUCGACCGCUACGUCAAGACGCUCACGCAGAUGGAGUCGAGCCCGCUCACGGGCUUCUACUACAACAUGCACGCCAUCAGCUCGACCAUCCAGGCCAUCCUCGCCGCGCUGUCGCGCCCGGGCACCAUCGUCGGCGCCAUGGGCCAGACGCAGAAGCAGAUCGACCGGCACACGCUGUCGCUCCAGCGCAGCGGCCGCUGGCCCCUCGGCCUGCUGGACGACACGCGGCACCGCAUGCAGCGCGAGGCGGCCGAGCGCGUCGACCGCAGCGUCAUGGAGCUCGAGGGCUUGGGCAAGGAGCUCAAGUACACGCAGCAGACGGUCGCGGCGGAGCUGGCGGCGUGGCAGGACGCGCGCGUCAGGCAGGGCCGCAAAGCGUGCAGGGAGCUGGCGUCGCGGAUGGUGGUGGUGGAGAAGGCGCGGCUGGAGAGCAUGCGGAGGGCGAUUCGCGGGCUGGGGUUCAGCGAGAGGAGGCGGAUGAGCGCUGUCGAGGGGUUGAAGAGGGCGGCGAAUGGGGUGAUGAGGGAUCCGGAGGACUUGGAGGACUUGUAG